AUGCAUCGGUCGGUUGUACUUUCCGUUUUCGUCUUCUUGAUUUCUAUUUCCGGUAAGGUACAAGCCGACAAUGCACCCGCUCCCUCGCCCAAACCUUCCCCCAAUAAACCCCAAUCUCCGGUGACUUCUCCGGCAAAAUCUCAUCACUCUGCUGCUUCUCCCUAUAGUCCUCCGGCAUCUCCUCAAACGCCCACUUCACAGUCUCCGGCGACGCAUUCAUCUCCGAUGACAACUCCGUCGACAACCCCUGUUUCUCCUCCAACCGCUGCAACUCCGGCAAAGUCUCCGUCGACAACCCCUGUUUCUUCUCCGACGGCUGCGACUCCAGUAAAGUCUCCGUCGACAAAUCCUGAUUCUCCUCCGAUCGGUGCAACUCCAGCGAAGUCUCCGUCGACAAACCCUGUUUCUCCUCCGAUCGGUGCGACUCCGGCGAAGUCUCCGUCGACAAACCCUGUUUCUCCUCCGACCGCUGCGACUCCGGUGAAGUCUCCUGUGUCUCCGGCCGCUUCUCCGCCGCCCAUCACAGCUCCCUCACAGUAUCCGGUAUCUACUCCGACGAAAUCACCGGUGGGAUCACCGCCGGUGACGGCGGAUGCGCCGGAGACAUACCCUAGUAUUCCGUCGAGUUCAGCGACUCCAGCGAUGACGCCGGAGAUAUUCCCAUACGGUCGCGGGCCCAAGAGUCAGGCUCCGGCGACUGCGACGGCAACAUUGGCGCCGGAGACAGCUAAGGGACCGGUGGGCGAUAAUUCGAGUUCGAGAUCAUUGCACGAUGUGCGUGUCAUCUCGACGGCAUUAUUGGUUCUUGGAACCACUUUGGUGAUUUAG